AUGGCUAUUCGUUUAUUUCUAGUAAAAAUUGCAGAACUCUUCGAUAAAUGCAAAGAUAAACUGACGAAACGUGUUUUAGUUUUGGGUCCUCCCGGCAUUGGAAAGACAACAUUUUGUCAAUAUAUUGCAUAUAAAUGGAGCAAAGAUGAAUUAUUUCAACAGUUUAAAUGUUUAAUUUAUAUUCGAUUAAGAAAUUUAACUUCAAAACUGUAUCCAUUACGUUCAUCAGAAUCAUACAGCUUAACUGAUAUAAUUGAACGAGAAUGUUUUCGAACCUAUCCAUUAGAAAAUCAUGAAGAAAGAAAUGUUCUCAAGCAUAUGCUUGACGAUGCAAGCAAUGUAUUAUGGCUUUUAGAUGGUUAUGAUGAAUUGCGCGUUCCUGACCAUUUGGAUUGGUUUAUGAGAGAACUCUUGGAUAAACAAAUAGAAAUUUUAACAUCACGUCCGACAACAACAGUUCCAUAUCCGUACGAUGUAUAUCUCGAAAUAACCGGAUUUACUGAUGAAAAUAUUCAUGAUUACAUUAACAAGUUUUUUAAAACAAAAUCAAAUGAAGGCACAAGAUUAAUAUCAUUUUUACAAUCGGCAUUAAAUAUAUGGGGUAUUUCACAUAUUCCAAUAACUCUAGAAAUAGUAUGUACCUUAUGGAAUGAACAUGAUAGAAAAGAAUUAGACCAAAUAACAACAAUGACUGCUUUAUAUGACGAUAUGAUGACAUGGAUUUUAAGAAAAUAUUUAUCAAAAAUAUUAGGUGAUGAAGUAACGAAUAGUAAAAGUAAUAAGACAAUCUAUAAAGAAUGUGAAACUGUACUUAUCGUUUUAGAAAAAAUUGCUUUUAGUUGUAUGAAAACCAGUAGUUUAAUGAUUGAUUAUAAAAUUAUUAGAAAAGAAGUAGAAGAUUGUAAAGGAAGUAAGAAUGAAGAUGACUUAAGAUUAAAUGUUAUAAAUGUUGGUCUAUUAGUAGCUUUAGAUAGUGAUAAAAUAAUUGAUGAAGAAAAAGAUUAUUAUUUUAUUCAUCUCAGCUUUCAAGAGUUUUUAGCUGCAAGAUAUCUAAGAAGAUGGUUAGAAAGUUAUUCUAAUGAGGCGAAAAUCUUUCUAAAAAAAUAUAAAUAUAAUCCUCAUUAUCAAUUAAUGAUGACAUUUACUGCAGGUCUUUUAACUGAAAAUUAUGUUGAAACAUUCUUUGAUUUAAUUGAAGAUGAACCACAAGAUCUUGUUGGUGUCAGACAUUUGAUAGUCUUGAUAGGAUGUUUAGAAGAAAUUAAUAGAAAAGAACAUCGAAAACUUGCAGACAGAAUAUUAGAUCAUAUUGGUCGAUAUUUAGAAACGUUAAUAAACUAUUUGUCUCAACCGAAUUUACACAUAGAUGAAAAUGUUUAUCGUUUGUUAGGAAGAAGUUAUGGUAUUUUAUGUGAAAAAAUAAUUGAAAAUAUUUUUUUGAAACAUUUCAUUGAUAAUGAUAAUCUGAAAUACAGAGCACUAUUUACUAUCGAUAACCUUAAAAAUUGUUCUCCUAAUGUAUUAAUUAAAGCAUUUUCUAUGCUAGAAGACCCAUACUCAUUGACCGUAUGUGGCACAAUUUGCAAUCUAAUCGCCAGUUCAACAAGUGUUAAUAUCAUUCGAGAAUUUGUGCGUAGUACCGAUAAGAAAUGGGAAGAACAGUUUAUUUCUGCUAUUGGCUGGUGGAUAGAUAAUAUUAUAGAUUCUAUGCCCUAUUCUUUAGAAGAAGCAGCAAAAGCAAUGAAUCAACUUUCAGAAAUUCCUUCUGUAGACAUCGCUAAUAUGAUAUGCAAACUUACAAUUAUACUUUGUAAGAGAAAUUUUAGACAGUUCAAUGUAUUCAAAAGGUCUAUUAUUCGUGGAGAUGCAUUUACAUUCGACCCUUCAAUACUAAAUAGUCUUAAUGAAACAUUAAAGAACUUAUUUGAAAAUUUUCUUUUAAAGUUUUUGCGUUCUGAAGAUCCCGAAUUGGCCUUAGAAGCAGCUCUUCUAUUGAAAAUAGUGACCAUAUAUAUUAACCCUGAUGGUCAAAAUCAAAGUUACAUAUUUAAUUGUUACGAUCAUAUUGACGAAACUACAUUGCUCUCUCAAAUUAUUAAUGUAGAAGAAGAUCAAAUUAGAGAGGCUUUGUAUAUUUUUCUAAGCUUUCAGAUUAAGCGAGAUGGUGUGAAAAGCGAAAUAUUUCAAUUGUUUAAUGAAAAAUUUCUUGAACAAGAAAGAUUAUCAUCAUCAAAAAUAAGUUUAGCAUUGUUAAUUGGUGAUUGCAUAUGCAAAACUAAAGAUUAUUUGAACGUGAUAGAUACAGAGACUAUUGAUCAACUAUUAAAUGUUUAUAUUGAAAUAUUAGAUCAUCUAGAAAAUUUUGAUCUAUUUCAUCUAAAACAAAAAUAUGCUCUCUUAAAAUACUUUGAUAUAUUGAAAAAUAAGACCAAGCAACAAGAAAAAGUUUUAUUCAAAAUACGAGAUAUUAUUCGUAAUGAAUCGGACAAAUAUAUUGUUCUGGAAGCUAUAACUAUACUUCCUAGUUUAGAAGAAAAAAGAAUAUUUGAAUAUGAGACAAUGAAUAUGCUCUUAGGUAAAUCCCACUGGUGUUUUUACUAUCAGGGCGAAACAGUACAUAUAGAUUUGAUUAAGAACUUUUUUGAAAAAAUGGAAAAUGAUGUUGACUUAACAUCUAUUGAAGAUGUUAUUAUUAACAUGAAAGAUACAAAGGCUAUCCAUGAUGCUGCUAAUGUUUUAUAUAAAUUAAAUAGAGUUACUGACAAUUUUCUACAUCGAUUGUUGCAAAUUUUGCGAAGUAAUCAAAGCGACGAGAAAAAAACUUUGAUUAUCAAAACAUUAGAAAUAUUCGAAGAAACUGCUGCUGGUUUAGAUAUUGCAGAAGAAUUACUCACUAUUAUCAAACAACAUUCCAUACCACUAUACCCUAAUGAUUAUGUAGUUUUUCCUGGAUGCUGUUAUAGUUUAUUCAUUUCAAUAUGGUCCUAUACAUCAGAUCCAAAAAUAUUGCAUUGGAUAUUAAGUUUAUAUGAAGUCCCAGAGACUCGUAGUAGAGCAGCAAAAUUAUUGCAAGCUGUGGGCUCUAAAAUGAAGACUUCUGAUAUUUUAGAGCAAUUUAUUAAACAUAUGAAAAGUAAUUUUACGAAUGAGAGUGCAUAUGCAUUUUGCUAUUUUUGUUGGAAUUUACAUUCCGCUAAAAAUUUAAAUAGAUUAUUUGAAAUUGCAAAGAAUGAUGAUAAUGUUAAUAUGAAAGAAUUGGUAAAGAGCGAAUUAUUUGGACUUUUCAGUGAAAAGUCAUUUCAGUUUUCCCUGCUAGAUUAUGAUAGUGUAGCCUUAAACAUUGAUCCUGAUUCUAUAUCGUAUUUCGAUGAUGAAGCUAUAAAUAGUUAUAUCAAAAGUGUUGCUAUAAAGAGAGCUUCACCCUAUGAUUUAUGUAGAGUUUAUGUACAAACGGAGAACACUCAAUUUAUUGAUCAUAUUUAUCGAAAUGCGAAAGCUAAUUCUAUUGCUAUUACAUAUGAUAUAGACAAUAGAUGUAUUGUACUACAUGAAAAUAAUAAGAAAAACGAGAUUCAAGUAGAAGAUGAAAGUUUAGUAAGGAUAUUAAUGAAACGACUCUACACAUUAAGAAGCAAAUGCUUUGGACGAGCUCCAUCUGAUGAUAUGAGUGCUGUCGAAGUGUAA